AUGCCCUUGGCAUUCUUCCAUGAGGUGCAGGGUGUUCUGUGGCCGGAGGCAGAUAAGCCACAUGAUAUCCUCAGUGCUGCCGAGAUCGAGGCGAUUGUGACGAACUACAAGGAAGGAGGCUCUGUUCGUGAGCUGGCCAAGCAGUUUUGGCAGGCCCAAGAGAAGAUUAGAGCCUCCGAAUGCACUUGCAAGUCCAGUCAUGUCUCCAGGAGUUCAAGCCGUGCGAGAUUUGGAAUCAUUUCAUGCUGCCUAGGACUCCAGGGCGAACCUUUGACACCCGUCAAGGAGAAGGGCCCCAACACGAAGAAACCUCGAGAUCCAAGUGAGCCGUAG